AUGUCCUUCUUCAGCUCCAACUCGAUGGACCGGCUCGGCUCCCGCUUGGCCUCCAUCGUUUCAACAGCCUCAGAGAAGGUCAAAGAAGCAGCAGAACGAACACUCACCAAAGAAAGCCCCCUCGAGAAAAACCUCCGCGAGGCCCUCAGCGACAAAAACUGGGGAUGUGCAAAUUCGGUGUUGGCGGAUAUUGCAAAGGCAGCUCACAAUUACCUCGACUUCCCGGUGGUCUCGCGGACUGUCUGGGCAGCUAUUUCGGAGGCUCCAAAGCGAUGGCGGAGAAUAUUUAAAGGACUCACUGUGCUGGAAUAUAUGCUAAAAAAUGGCCCCGAGAGAUUUGCCGAAGACGCCAAAGACAGAAGUUAUUUGCUGAAGUCUUUGCAGAGCUUUAGCUGGACAGAAGAGGGGCGGGACAAGGGCGCUGGCAUCCGCGAGAAGGCCACGUUGUGCACCACUUUGGUGUUUGAUGCUGCUGAGCUGCAAGCAGCAAGAGAAGCAGCAGCAAAAAACAAAGACAAAUACAUUGGCAUAUCUUCUGCUUCCUCGAUGCCCUCCCGCAGCAGCAGCAGCAGCAGCAGCAGCAGCAGCGGCAGGCAUGUGCCCUCUAUAGGGUUCGGCAGCAACACAAGGCCUCCCCCGCAAAAUAAAGACCUGUCGUGCCGCAGCAGCAAAGGUGAAGAGGCGGGCCCCCACAGGGAGGCCCACCGUUCUGCUGCCAGCAAAAGUUCUGGGGGGGCCCCCGGGAAGCGGGAGGCCCCCAAGAAGAGCGACAGCAGCAAAGGAGGCCCCCAGCAGCAGCAGCAGCAGCAGCAGCAGCAGCAGCAGUCUCACGUGCAGCAGGCAGACCUGCUGGGCUUCGACAGUCCCCCUUUGGAGCCCCUGGGGGCCCCGGGGGGCCCCCUGCCUUUUGCUUCGGGCCAGAGCGUCUGGGCAGAGCCUGCUGCUGCUGCUGCUGCUGCUGCUCCUGCUGCAGCAGCGGGAGAGGGGCACGCAGGGUCCAGCAGCAGCAGCUUUUCUUCUCUGCUGCCUCCCCCACCGCCAGGAGGGAGGGGCCCCCUGGGGGCCCCUUCUGGGAGUCUCAGUGAUGAUUUAUUUGGGGGUUUUCAGGCAGCAGCACCUGCUGCUGCACCUGCUGCUGCUGCUGCUGCUGCUCCUGCUGCAGGCAGCAACUCCCUGGAUGCCGUGGCUGCUGCCUUCGCUGCCCCCGCAGCCCCCGCGCCUGCUGCAGCAGCAGCACAAUGGACCAAUGGGGGUUCUCCUGCUGCUGCUGGUGUCUCCAACUCCCUCGAAAGCUUCGGGGGCUUUCAACAAGCAAAUACAGGGACCCCACAGUCUGGAGCUGCGUCGCAGCCUGCUGCUGUAGCUGCUGCUGCACCGCAGCAGCAGCCGUGGCAACAGCCAUUCAGUAUGGGCAGCAGCAGCAGCAGUAACAAUAACAACGCGUUUUCGCGGCCAUUUAGCCUCAGCAGCAGCAACCCUAGCAGCAGCAGCGGAGCUCCCCAGCCAUUUAGUCUCAGCUCGAGCAGCAGCAUUUCGGCGCAGCCUUUCCCAGCAAGCAGCAGCAGCAGCAGCAGCAGCAGCACGCAGCAGCGCAUGACGGGCGCCGGGGCCUCGGCGCAGGAGCCCUUCACAUUGGGGGGCAUGGGCGGGCAGCCUUGGCAGCAGCAGCAGCCGCUGCAGCAGUUCCAGCAGCAGCCGCUGCAGCAGUUCCAGCAGCAGCAGUUGCAGCAGUUCCAGCAGCAGCAGCUGCAGAAACUCCAGCAGCAGCAGCUGCAGCGGCUCCAGCAGCAGCAGCAGCUGCAGCAGCAGCAAGUUGCGUCCUCCUUUCCUACAGUGCAGCCCAGCCUCUUCUAG